UUAUGAAACUAUUCGGUCUUUCCCACGCCGGCUUAUCGGCAGGCUGGUCUGGCGGUAGUUGCUUCGCGGUGGAGGAGAAAGGUUAAAAGGCCGGCCACGUCCUCCGAGUUCCCCCUCACCAUCUUUUCCCUCUGAGCUUCUCUUCCCCCCUCCGUCUCCCCCUCUCUCACCGCCAUCACCACUACCCACCACCUCCUUCGCCAUUGUCAUUCAGAUACUGUGACCGUCUGGCCUUCGGUGCCCUAUACCAACACAACAGUCACGACACAACGCCUCUCCGAUCUAUCCAGCUACCUCGCUGUCACCAUGCCGAGCGGCCAAGGCUAUUCGUACAACAGCUCGGGCACCAACUCCCAGGGCAACCACUAUUGCUCCCGCGAUUACGGCAGCGAUGCGCCCAACUCAAACUCUUACCACUACUCUAACACUGACGGCUCCUACUACUAUUCCAACCCGGAUGGAAGCACCUACUAUAAUAACGGCCAGGGUGGCUCUACCUACACCUCGCCGUCGGGGGGCUCCCAUAGCUCCGGCUACGGUGGCAGCAGCGGUGGCAGUGGUGGCAAGAAAUAGUCCACUGAGUCGCCAGUGGCGGGGAUGACCGCCGCAAAGUUGCUGACGCAGGAGGUUGGAAUAAACCAGUUCCCCAGUGGGCGGUUAUCCAUGCUGUGAUUAGGAGAGUUUUCGCCCACACUAUUCUAAACAGCCUGAAAGGCUGUUGCAGG